CACGAAUGGCGUCAAUGUCGAUUAUCAGGUAUUAAUCUGUACACCCACCGCGACUGGACCUGGGCUCGAUGGCGCAAGUUCCCGUGCAUCUCUUAUCAUUGUCCGUGUCGACGCUGGGAUUGGUGCAUUCGCCCUUUGCAUGCGGGCUGAUAAGUAUCAGCUAACCCUAACUAGGCUUCGAGCCCCGGUCUAGUGCUUUUGGGUCUUCCUGCAAUCACCCCCAGGCUCGCCUCAGUGUUACGUCCCCCUCGCUGUCCGACGGUUGUGAGAUUGCUUGAACUCGCCCUACCAUCCUUGGCAAGGUCAUAUCGCCGCCGGGGGUCCGUCCUGUGUUUGAGCGAUGGAGAUAUAAGAACAACCCACGCGAUGCUGUCGGUGCUUUCCUGCUGCUGUUGUGUCCGCACCCCCUGACCCCAGCCAUCGCCACCUGUCACAAUGCCUGCCCUAGCUGCAGAAAACCAGGUCGUCGACGCCAUCAACCAUGGCGAGGUGACCACCGUGAUCAGCCAUGCCACCCAACCCGACCCGGAGAAGCUGAACUACGAGGUCGACGCCACGGCUAUUGACGACGAGGACUACCCCGCUCCCACGGACGAGGAGGCGAGCAGCCUGCGCAAGAUCCCCGCCAACCUGCCCAUCGUGGCCUACUCGCUCUGCUUGGUCGAGUUCGCCGAGCGUGCCUCCUACUAUGGUGCGCAGACGGUGUUUUCCAACUUCAUCGAGUUCCCGCUGCCCAAAGGUGGUAACGGGGCUGGUGCUCCGCCACGGGGCACGCAAGAGACCGCCGGUGCCCUGAACAUGGGUCUACAGGCCAGUGAUGCUUUGGUCCUGCUGUUCCAGUUCCUGGCCUACGUGAUUCCCAUCUUUGGAGGAUGGUGGGCCGACGUCCACAUCGGCCGGUACAAGGCGAUCUGCAUCGGCGUGGCCAUCUGCGGUGUGGCGCACAUCAUCCAGAUCAUCGGCGCCAUCCCGUCUGUGCUGCAGCAGGGCCAGUCGCACGCGGCGCCCCCGUUCAUCAUCGGGCUGCUGAUGCUGGCCUUCGGGGCCGGAGUCUUCAAGCCCAACAUCGCGCCCACGGUGCUGGACCAGUUCCGCCACCAGAAGCAGUACACCAAGACUCUCAAGUCCGGGGAGAGAGUGAUCGUCGACCCGGAGAUGACUGCUACGCGCACGAUGCUGAUCUUCUACGGGGUGGUCAACGUCGGGGCCUUCUACAUGCUGGCCACCACCUACGCUGAAAAGUAUGUGGGCUACUGGCUAGCCUUCCUGCUGGCGGGGCUGGUCUACUUCCUCCUGCCCGUCGUGCUGGCCCUGGUCUACAAGAAGACCUACCGGCUGCCGCCCAGCGGGAACUCGGAGCUGGGCCAGGCCGUCAAGAUCACCAUGACCGCGCUGCGCGAGAACAAGUUCCAGGUGUGGCGCAAGAACUUCUUUGAUGCCGCCAAGCCGAGUGUCCUGGCGGCUAAGGGGAUCACCGUGAACUGGUCGGAUAAGUUGGUCGACGAUGUGCGGAGAACAUUGGUGGCCACCGAGAUCUUCUUCUACUUCCCGAUCUACAACCUGAACGACGGGGGCAUCGGCUCCGUGCUGUCGAACCAGGGUGCCUCGAUGACGACCAACGGCGCGCCGAACGACCUGCUGAACAACUUCAACGCGCUGACGAUCAUCGUGGCGGUGCCCAUUCUGAAUUAUGGCAUCUACCCGCUCCUGCACAAGUACAACUGCCACCCUGGGCGGAUCACGCGCAUCACGUUCGGGUUCUUUCUGGCGACGAUCGGCGGCGUGGCGGGCGCCAUCGUGCAGUACCGCGUCUACAAGACCUCGCCCUGCGGGUACUACGCCUCCUCGUGCGCAACGGGCGUCUCCCCCAUCAGCAUCUGGUGGCAACUGCCCAACACCAUCCUGUCGGCGCUGUCCGAGAUCUUCUGCAAUGUCACGGCGUACGAGCUGGCGUACGCGCGCUCGCCCGCCAGCAUGCGCGGCCUCGUCAUGGCUGUGUUCUUGUUCAUGACCGCGCUUAGCAGUGCCCUCGGCGAGAUCCUCGUGCCUGUCACCGAGGACCCCUACCUUAUCUGGAUCUGGGCUGCGCCGGCGAUUGCGCUUGCCGUGCAGGGCGUGCUGUUCUGGUUCCGGUUCAAGCAUCUUAAUAACGACCAGUUCAUGACGAAUGAGAAGGAUUAUGACGGCGAGGAGGUGGCGAGGAGUGAGCCGAGUGUUGUCGGGGAGGAGAAGGAGGUGGUGAAGAUCACCAAUACUGUACUGUACAUCGUACUAUUCUUACAACCCACCUUCCGCCUAAGCAUCGGAAUCAACCUCAUAAGCAAAGGGAAUGCUCUGCAUGGCCCCCUUGCGCUGCACACACCCAGCCGCCGCGCGAUUCGCCUGCCUCACCGCGCCCUCCACGAGGCCAUCAAACUCCUCCAACCGCCUCCCCUGCGCCACGAACCGCGCAAACGCCGCCGUGAAGUACCCGACAAACGUAUCCCCGGCGGCGGUGGUAUCGACGACCUUGGCCACCUUCUCCGCGACCACGCAUCCGCUCGUACCGGAGCGGGUCGAGAAGAAGGCCCCCUUGGCGCCGAGCGUGAUGAGCACGAUCCCGACCUCAGCCGCCUGAUGGAACCGCGGCGCCAGCACGCGGGCCAGCGUCUCGGGGUCCUCCUCCACCAGCGAGCCGGCCCCCUGCUCCAGCCCCAGCGCUUUCGCCAUCAACACCGCCUCCGUCUCAUUCAUAACCAGCACACUCGUCCCCCUCAGCGCAUCCAGCGGAAUCCCCUCCGGAAACACCGGCGCGGGGUUAAACACGACAUGGGCAUCUGCAUCCCGCUGGUUAUAAUGCUCCAACAACCCCAAGACCGUAGACCGGGGAAUCUCCCCCUGCAGCACCACCACCUUGCCCUCCCCCUUAUCACUUGGCGAAGAAACCAACCCCUCCACGCCUUGCACCACCUCUUCCACGGAACUCAUCCCCACGUGAUUCGCCCCAGGCACCACCGCAAUCCGGUUCUCGCCGCUGUCCUCCUCGACGAUGAUCGUCGCCGACCCCGUGCUCGCGUCUGCCCGCUCGGCCACGCCUGCCACGCUGACGCCGGAGCCCUCGAGCAGCGGCCGCAUCAGGGCAGAGUAGUACGGGUCGUUGGCCCCCACGGCGCCGACCAUGUAGACGUUCGCGGAGUGCGUGGUGGGUGUGGUGUGGGCGGCGCGGCCGCAUGCGACGGCUUGGUUGGCGCCUUUGCCGCCGGCGGAGAUGGUUAG